UGUCCUAUCAUAGGUAGAAAUCAUAGCCGCUCGACUCUCAAGUUUCCACCCACCAAGGGAAUUUCGCUUAAUUGUCUACCAAGAACUCCCUGCACCCAAAUGCAAAGACAUCAUCCCGUUCUAUGGAAGUAGGCUGUGAUUUGCUUUGUUUUUUACAUAUACAUUUCUUGGAUACUUAAACUUCUAACUUCAUGCGAGAAAUCCAACCCCCGCUGUUCUUUUUCGUCCUUACCGUCUGUUUGUUCAUUUUUUUGGUUAGAUUUUUUUUUUUAAAUGAAGUAACUGUCGUUAAAUUAAAAUGAUCCGCGCAAGGUGUAUAUGUAGAUGUCCCCUGCAGGUAAAUUUGGAGCUGAUGUUUCUCUGAUUGGAAGCGCGCACACUUAAAGGGACAAAAAAACAUACAAAACAAACAAACAAAAAAAAAAAACACUGGAUUCUUUUUUCUUCAAGAGGAAACCUGGCAAGGCAAAUAUACAAGUUGAUUUUUAUUCACUUUCCAAUUUAUAGUGCUGUGGACGUGAAUUGUAAAGAUCUUUUUGUUUAAAGGGUUUCUUUUUUCUGUUUUUUUUUUUUUUUUUUUUUUUUUUUUGGCACGCUUAUAAACAAGGAAGCGCCUAUGUUGAACACACUGGUACUGUUUAACUUCAUUAAUUUAUUCUUCCGCUGGGAUUCAAGGAAAUAUUUAUUGUAAAGAAGGCGGCGACUUUGUUUUUUUAUUCCAGGUUUUUUUUUUAUUAUUAUUAGUAUUUAUUUAUUAUUUUUUAGCGCUGUAAACAGGUGGAUUUCGGCAACUCAAGAUGCGUUAUAUUCCUUCACGGUUCAUCUACUUGUGUUUACACUUAUUAGUCCUCUACUUUCAAGUUCAGGAAUCUCGGCAGACAUCAGCAGAUUUCCGUGUCUAUGUUGAAAACCACACAAGGAACCCAGAUGACCUGAGCCGCAAACAGGUCCGGAUAUAUCAGCUUUACAGCCGGACCACUGGGAAGCACGUCCAGAUCCUGGGGAAAAAGAUCAACGCCAAUGGGGACGAUGGGGGCAAGUAUGCUCUGCUUGUGGUGGAAACAGAAACAUUUGGAAGCCAUAUCCGAAUAAAAGGAAAAGAUACUGGUUACUACAUUUGCAUGAACAAAAGGGGAAAAAUUAUUGGAAAGCUCAAUGGAAGGAACCAGGAGUGCGUCUUUGUGGAAGAAGUACUGGAGAAUAACUACACUGCACUGGUGUCGGCUAAGUACAAAGGCUGGUACCUGGGAUUCACUCGGAAAGGACGACCCAAAAAAGGCUCAAGGACCCAGCAGAAUCAGCAGGAAGUUCACUUUAUGAAACGGCACCCGAAGGGCAAAGUGGACCCACUACAGGAGUUCCGUUUCACCACAGUCACCAAACGGACUCGCAGGGCACGACGCUUAAAAGUCAAGUCCAACUCAAACUGAAACAUGAAAAAGAAUCCCAGGGUAUGUGUGUCAAAGGAAUACUCAACCACCUUGCCUAUAUAUCCCAUGGGGGAAAAAAACAGAAAACAAAACAAAAAUAAAUAAAAACUGAAAAUAUGUUUUAUUUUUAUACAUAAGGAGUCGGGAAUUGUUCCGAUGUGCUGGAUUUUUGUGGGCUGUUUAUUAUUAUUUAUAUUGAACAGAACGAACAUUUGUCAUUACCUUGCUGUUUCUACUUCUAAAGGUAAUGCCAGAAGAACAAACAGGUUUUUGUUUUUUUUUUGGAGGUAUUGGAAACUCCUUUAGAGUCACUGACUAUAUUUGUAUCUGUGGAGAGUACCAGCGAGUCGAUGAGUCUCUUUAUAUUCAGUUGGGUUAGAUGCAAUGGAGCCCAGAAGGAAAAGAUGCAAGCCCAUGAUAUUCACCUUAGCUAGCUCUUUAGAUAUAAGUGCAAUACUUUGUAAAGGGCCCUUUUACAGAAGAGGUUACUAAUGAAAGUUAUUCUGGGUCCCCAAACUCCAAACUUCCCUGCCUCCCUUUACUUGUUUUUUUUAUCAUGAUUUGAAGUCAGAUGUUGUAGCUAACACAUACAGACUAGCCUAAGUUGUGUAAUGAUAGACAAAGUGAUUCAAGUUCAUUAUAAAUUGAAAGCUGUUGGUAACGUUAAUGGAAGGGGCCUUAAGUAAGGGCUUCGAUAAAUGACUGCACAUUCAUCCACCUCAGUGUUUAUGUAGCUGAGCAAUAAUAGCACACACUGUUUAGAGAGGAAACAAAGAGGCUGGACCAAGAGGACUCUUUCCUGGAAGGGCAUCAGUCCAUUUGAGAUCAUAGUUUUCCUUCCAACUUUAUUGACCAAUUGUACAUUAUUUAUUACAUUGGAAAAUAGGCAGGGGGUAGUUUUAUACCUCAGGUAUAUUUGUAUUAAUUUAUUAAAAAGUACUUAUUUUGGAGAAGAAUAUAUGCCAAACCAAAUACUUCCAUAUAUGUAAUGCGUAUUAUAGUUAGAUAUUAUAUCAGUCACACCAUCCAAUGACAAUCCUGCCUCUAUUUUCCAUGAUUAACAGCACCUGUAAGUUAGUUACUAUGUAAGUGAUACACUGUCUUACAGUGAGGCAUUCACAUACAUAUAGUAUGUUAUAGUACAUAUGCGUAUCAUCAUAGCUCUUUCCAUUGCGGUUUUUACCGCUGAAUCCAAAACUGAAAAGAUCAUAUUUACUAUCUGUUUAAGACUAAAUACAGGCAGAGGGUGAUUGGAGCUUAGGGGGCCGAAAUAGACUGGUGAACUAAGUGGGCCAUUAUAAAAAUGAUUUGGUCCUGACGUUGGUAUGGCUGUAUCGUUAACUCAUCUGCCGAGGGACACUGUGUAUUGUGUAUGAGAUGCUACCAACAACUUGACACAUUUAUGAUGUAUGCAAACAGUUUUAUGACUUUUAUGACUAUUAUUAAAUAUUUAUUGCUUUGUAAAUACAUCCUGAUGAAUUUAUAUGGCCUCUGUUAAUAAAGUGAGGAGUAUAUUUAAUAUAUAUAUAU